AUGGAAAUUGGCCCUCGAGAAUACAGUAGUAGCAGCAAUAGCAAUAACAGUGGCAGCACUGUUGCGAGCUGGUGUGGUAGCUUCAAAUUCCCGGCGAACCACCUAGGUCGUGCCAGAAGCAAGAGACGAAGAAGAACGGCUGGCUUCGGUGAUUUUCCCAGCCGGCAAUGUCUGAGGUCGUACGAAGUUAAGGUCGAGAACAAAAAGCAAGAUUCGUUUCCGUUGCAACCACCACCGGUGAUGAUGAAGAAUGGAGCUGGUAUGGGGAGGAGGUGCUUGCAUUGCCAAGCUGACAAGACACCACAGUGGCGAGCUGGCCCCAUGGGGCCAAAGACGCUUUGCAAUGCAUGUGGGGUGCGGUAUAAGUCUGGUCGCCUCCUGCCCGAGUACCGGCCUGCUAACAGUCCAACAUUCUCGAGCACCUUGCACUCGAAUUCUCAUAGAAAGGUGGUUGAGAUGAGAAGGCAGAAGCAGAUAGCACCAGACGUAAUUGAUGCAAACGAGGCUUGUGGAUAUAAGGUAGGAUAGUGGUGAGUACUCCCAUUUAAGUAUUUUUAGCACUUUUCUUUUUAAUUUGGCUAAUUUUUUAAAUUUAGUUAGAUUAAGAUUCAGGCUUGUUGUACUGGACUAGAUGGUUAGUGAACCACAUUUGUGUUCCUUUUAUCAAAAUCCAUUAAGGAAUUUUGAAUUUUAGUGUGUUCGAUUUUGCAUUAGAAUACAAAUUUCAUACAAGAAAUU